AUGGAUUUGGGCAAGACAUUCUACAAUUGUUCUUGCAUUAAAGAAGGAUUAACAACUGCUGAUACUGAAGGUCAAUAUAUUGAUGCUGUUUCUGGAACAUGUGAUACCAGAUGCCUUACAUUACCUUUUUUUGCCUUUUACUUUUCUGCCACCAUUUUUUUCUAUUUCUUCAGUAUACCUGUCUUCUUAAUUAUCAUGCAAAGUGCAUCAACCAGUUGGAAUUCAAUGAGCAUGGGUGUGACAUUUAUAAUAUGGAGAUUCACUGAAGGUGUCCCUGGACCACUAUUUUUUGCAACAACAAUAGAUUUUACAUGCAAUUUCUGGAACAUUAAUAAAUGUGGAGACGAAGUACCGUGUUGGAUCUAUAAUGAGGGAAAUUUGGUCUACACAUUUAAGACAAUAUGGAUCUUUCUGCAAGUAUUCUCAGGCUUGUUCUGUCCUUAUGUGGUUCACAGACAUGAUUAUGUGGUGAAAUAA